CUUCUGGGCAAAUAAGAAACCAGUGAAUGAGCUGCAGGCCUUUAGAAAAACUUGCCUCAGGCCCUUGGGUGGAUUGCCCUUUUCUCCUUGUCAGCCGGGCGGGAUAGCCAAGCCGGUAGAGGAUGAAGUCGUCUUGUGUCCUGCUUACCGCCCUGGUGGCGCUGGCCGCCUAUUACGUCUAUAUCCCCCUGCCUAGCUCCGUGUCCGAUCCCUGGAAGCUGAGGCUGCUGGACGCCGCUUUCCGGAGCGCACAGCAAGUGAGUAACCUGAUACACUAUCUGGGCCUCAGCCACCAUCUACUCGUGCUGAACUUCAUCAUUGAUUCUUUGGGCAAGAAGAGUGCAUGGUCAUCUGCUCAGGUGAAGGUGACCGACACUGACUUUGAUGGUGUGGAAGUCAGAGUAUUUGAAGGCUCUCCAAAGCCAGAAGAGCCACUGAAACGCAGUGUUCUUUAUAUCCACGGAGGAGGCUGGGCCUUGGCAAGUGCAAAAACCAAGAAUUAUGAUGAACUGUGUACAACAUUGGCUGAGGAACUGAAUGCUGUCAUUGUCUCCAUUGAAUACAGGCUAGUUCCAAAGGUUUAUUUUCCUGAGCAAAUUCACGAUGUUGUACGUGCCACAAAAUACUUCCUGCAGCCUGAAGUCUUACACAAGUAUUCAGUUGACCCAGGCAGAAUUGGCAUUUCUGGUGACAGUGCUGGUGGGAAUUUGGCUGCUGCCCUGAGCCAACAGCUUAAUCAAGAUACCAACCUAAAAAACAAGGUCAAAGUGCAAGCUUUAAUUUAUCCAGUUCUUCAGGCUUUAGAUUUUAACACACCCUCUUAUCAGCAAAAUGCGAACACGCCCAUUCUGCCCCGUUAUGUCAUGGUGAAAUACUGGGUGGACUACUUCAAAGGCAACUAUGACUUUGUCCAGGAAAUGAUAGUUAACAAUCACACUUCACUUGAUGUGGAAGAGGCUGCUGCCCUCAGAGCCCAUCUCAACUGGACAUCACUCUUGCCUGCAUCCAUCAAAAAGAACUACAAGCCUGUGGUGCAGACCACUGGCAAUGCCAGGAUCAUCCAGAAGAUCCCUCAGCUGCUGGAUGUCCGCUCAGCCCCACUCAUCGCAGACCAGGAAGUCCUGCGGGGCCUCCCAAAGACCUACAUUCUGACCUGUGAGCACGAUGUCGUAAGAGAUGAUGGAAUCAUGUACGCAAAGCGUUUGGAGAAGGCAGGUGUGGAGGUGACCCUCGAUCACUUUGAGAGUUGCUUCCAUGGAUGCGUGAUUUUUGCCAGCUGGCCUACCUACUUCUCAGUGGGAAUCCAGACUCAGAAUAGUUACAUCAAGUGGCUGAAUCAAAACCUGUAAAGGAGUAAAAUUUCUAAAAGUGUUGAGCCCCUCUUGACCUGCACCUGCUUUGGAAAGGCAUUCGCUUUUCAGCCAACUAAUUUCCCCUUGUUACUUGUGAGUUAUGGAAUCUCUGUUCCCUGUAGACUUUAUGUUAAUUUAAUUAAAAAAAUGCUUUUUAG